AUGUGCAGCAACGAGAGCCCGCCGCCCGCGAAGGAGCCGCUAGCCGUCGGCUUGGGCAACCCCAUGGCAGGAUUUUUACCGGGACUGGAACAUUACCGUCUACAAUUGUAUCAUUACGCGAUGGCAGAGAGGUUGAGGUUAGCUCAGCAACUUCACCCUCAGCACCCAGGAGUCGGACACCCGCCUUCGAGUGCUCCUGCUCAUCUGGGGAUGGGUCCAGGCUUCCCUGCGCCCUUGCCGCUCUACCCCGCGGCCGGCUACCCCAGCAGAUUGGCCUUGUCCAUGGCUCUUCUGCACCCGCAUCAUCAACGGAUACCCGAAGAGCCCAAACCGCAGCACAGUUACAUCGGUCUAAUCGCCAUGGCCAUAUUGUCCUCCCCAGAGAAGAAGUUGGUCCUGUCGGACAUUUAUCAGCACAUCCUCGAACACUAUCCCUACUUUCGGACCCGUGGACCUGGCUGGAGGAACUCCAUCAGACAUAAUCUCUCCCUGAACGACUGUUUCGUGAAGUCAGGCAGGAGUGCCAACGGCAAGGGCCAUUAUUGGGCGAUCCACCCGGCGAAUCUGGAGGACUUCCGGCGCGGGGACUUCAGGAGACGCAAAGCUCAGAGAAAAGUAAGGAGACACAUGGGUCUGGCGGUCGACGAAGAGCCCGACAGUCCGAGUCCUCCUCCCUUGCCCGCCACGCCGCCUCCGCCCGCGACCCUGGGGUCCCCAGUGGCCUCGCAACCGAUACCGGGGAUCUGGACCCCUCAUCAUCCGCAUCAUCAGCAACAGCAGCAACAGUUUCAGGGCCAAACGCUGCGGCAGUCCUCGUUCCAGCCGUCCAGGAAGAGGCAGUUCGACGUGGCGUCACUCCUCGCGCCCGACGAUCAGCAUCAGAUCGAAUCCGAUCUGAGAUCCGCCAAGUCGAGGAGGUUCAGCUGUAGCGAGGACGAGCUGCACGACCUCCAGGAGGUCGAGCCCGACGAAGAGGACGUCGACGUGGACGUCGUGGCCGAGACGAACGCUCUGCCGUCCCCUAACACGCCUUCGGCCAGUCCCGAAUCCAAGGUCGUGUCACCCGCAGGACACUGGACCAAUCAGAGCCUGCAGAACGCGAACGGCCAACAGAUACCUGGACUGCAUCUUCAGAAUCAUCUUCAAGUGAGAAGUUACUACGUGCCCGCCAGCUCGACGGGGCCCAGCGUCUAAUGGAUCCUGUGCGAGUGUUUUG